GUAUGCUCUACUUAUAUUUGAGUUAUUUAUCAACAACAUAUUCAUAGAAACACUAUGAAGAUCCAUAUUUUGUUGGUCAUUACUUCCUUAACCUUUGGUUUCCAUGAGAAAGUUGUUUCAAGUCCAAGCACUGGCCCAUAUAAUGCAAUCUUCAAUUUUGGUGAUUCUUUAAGUGACACUGGCAAUUUUCUUGCUUCUGGAGCCUUGUCAUACCCAGUCAUAGGAAAGCUUCCUUAUGGUCAAACCUUCUUUAAUCGUUCAACCGGCCGUUGCUCAGAUGGACGACUAGUAAUUGAUUUCAUAGCUGAGGCAUAUAAGUUGCCAUAUUUACCACCCUAUCUGGCAUUAACCAAAGACCAAAAUAUCCAUCCUGGAGUAAAUUUUGCCGUUGCUGGAGCCACAGCACUUGAUACAAAAUUCUUCAUUGCAGCCGGGCUUGGAAAAUUUCUUUGGACAAAUAAUUCAUUGAACAUUCAGCUUGGCUGGUUUAAGAAACUUAAACCCUCCCUUUGCACCACUAAACUAGAUUGUGAUAGGUACUUCCAACGCUCUCUCUUUCUGGUGGGGGAGAUUGGUGGUAAUGAUUAUAACUACGCUGCCAUUGCCGGAAAUAUCACUCAACUUCAAGCAACCGUUCCUCCUGUUGUUGAAGCGAUAAAAACGGCCAUCAAUGAAUUGAUCGCUGAAGGAGCAAGGGAGCUGUUGGUGCCGGGGAAUUUGCCAAUUGGGUGCUCUGCGCUAUACCUGACUUUAUACAGAAGCGGGAACAAGGAGGACUAUGAUGGAAAUGGAUGCUUGAAAUCUUUCAAUGGUUUUGCAGAGUACCAUAACAAGGAGCUCAAGCUAGCUCUGAAGACACUAAGGCAAAACAAUCCUCAUGCAAGGAUACUGUAUGCAGAUUAUUAUGGCGCUGCCAAACGGUUCUUCCAUGCACCAGGACACUAUGAAAUUUAUUUGCCAGGGGUUUCUAGUGGGGCGUUGAGAGCAUGCUGUGGAGCAGCUGGGCCAUACAACUUCAAUAUAUCAGCAAGGUGUGGUCACAUUGGUUCAAAGGUAUGUGCAGAUCCAUCGACACAUGCAAACUGGGAUGGAAUUCAUUUGACAGAAGCAGCAUAUAGGUACAUCGCCAAAGGUCUAAUUUACGGUCCAUUCUCAUAUCCUCCCCUCAAGACCUCUCUCUACAAGAUACCCUAGUCUUCAUAGCACCACCAAAAAAUCUCUCACAAUUACCUCCUAAAUAAUAAAUGUUCACUUGUUUGUAGCAUAAGUAUUGUCUGAAUUCCUAUAAAGGGUCUUUCUUCCUUCUUAUGUUAACAAAAUUAAUGAGUCACAUUCAAAGCAUGCAGGACCUGCACUUUCAAUAGCAAUUCUUUGUUGACUCACUGUCAACUGCACCAUUGACUUCGGCUCUUCUCUAUGUUUGGAUGGUGAAUUCAGGGACCAAAGAAAUUGAGAUGACAGUUAGAUUGCUUGAUGCAGAUCGUGUUCGGUUGUGUUAAGAAUCUUGAGAUUUGAGUUUGCUUGUACUCUCAUAAAUUUUGUUAAAAUAUACAUGUCUGAUUAUUAAUAGAUAAAUGUGACAUUGUUCCAAAA